UUAUAACAAAACCAAGUCAAGUACAAACUUGCAUGCUACAAAAUGAAUGUGCAACUCAGUGAUUAUACAAGUUUACUGCAAUAACGGGCCAUUUCUUGGUUGUUUUCUCGGUUCUGACUGCAAUUCAGAUUAAAGUUCGUAAAGGUUGCUUCCAGUAUCAUGGUAAACAUAUUCAAAGGUUUAUACAUUUCCUGUGACAUACCAAUGGCACAAUUCAUUAUUAACAUGAAUGCAACAUUACCCCAGACACAGAAGUUUAUAUUACAUGUUUUGGAUGAUACCCGUCUAUUUGUGCGAUCUGACAUGGCUGGAAGUAUACGAGAUAAAAUCUCAGAAUUCAGAGAGCAGAAUACAUAUGAGAAGCCUGCAUAAUUUUUCUUUUGUUAAGAAGUUCCCAUUACUCCUGUGAAAUUUUGAAGAAAAUUGUGAAUGACUAGCUUCGAGUAUAAUUUCUGAAUAAUUAAAUUCUUAUAAUAAUGUAUAAAUUUAAAAUA